GGACAGCGAGCUGGAGUGAAGAGAUAGUGUGUUGCCGUGUGACUUACGUUCCUGAGAAGUAAACCAAAGCGUAAAUUCAAGGAUUGUGACACUUUCAAACUACGACACAAACUCUAAGUGAAUUAAUCUUCAUCAGCAACCAUGUUGGAAGACAAGAAGACCAAGGUGAAAAUCACCUUCCUGGUAAUCUUGGUGGGCAUCUCUUCCAUGUUGGCGGCGGUGGUGACUGACCACUGGGCGGUUCUGAGUCCCAGGGUGGAGCGGCUCAACACCACCUGUGAAGCAGCCCAUUUUGGACUCUGGAGGCUGUGUAAAAAGAGUAUCUUCAUUGUGGAGGAAGAUCCUCAGGGCAAAGGCUGUGGCCCCAUCAGCCUGCCAGGAGUGAAGAACUGCUCCUACUUCAAACACUUCACAUCAGGGGAGGAGGCUGAAGUUUUUGAAGUGAAGACUCAGAAAGAGUACAACAUCUCAGCUGCUGCUAUAGCCGUCUUCAGCUUGGCCUUCAUGACUCUGGGCAGCCUCUGCCUGAUGAUGGCUUUUGGGAAGGGCAGAGACUACCUACUGAGACCAGCUGGCAUGUUCUUUGCUUUUGCAGGUCUGUGUAUCGUCAUCUCCGUGGAGGUCAUGAGGCAGUCGGUCAAACGCAUGAUUGACAGUGACGAGACCAUAUGGAUCGACUACUACUACUCGUGGUCAUUCACUUGUGCCUGCGCUGCUUUCACCCUCCUCUUCAUAAGCGGUGUCAGCCUGCUCAUCAUCUCUAUGCCACACAUGCCGAGAAACCCCUGGGAGACCUGCAUGGAUGCUGAACCUGAGCCCAUAGACUAGUAUGGCAUUAACUGCAGAGCACAGCACACCAUACGACUGACCGUGGAUUCAUGCUAGCAGUGUGAAUGACAAUGAGAUGCACUGACGCAUUGUAUUGAUAGGUGAUGAUAAAGAUGCAUUGAAAUUUUUAAUUGACUUAAGUACUGACACAGACAUCUAACUACUUAAGGGGACAGUUCGCCCAAAAUUUCAAAUUCAGUAAAUUUUUAGGUGAGUUCUUCCUUUAAAUUCUAUAUUAAGUUAAAUAUCUAUACCAUAAAUUUUAUAUGUUUUAUGGUAUUCAGUAAUCUGAAAACAUUUCUGUGCAUUCAUGCUUAAACGCAAUAGAUGACAGCUUCGAAUGUAUAUUUAUAGACUUUUUAAAGAUUUGCAAAAGAUAUGCUUUAUUUCUGAAACAGUGCCACUAGAAUGCAACAAAUCAAGUUUUAGAUGAAUUUUAGUUGUAUGACAGUCUUCCAGUUUCAGCAAAUACGGAUUGCACUUGAGAAUGAGGUGAAACUAUUAACAUUAUUAAUAAAGGUUCAUACUUUCAAUGUAUGUCAUGCUUUGCUAUAAUAUUGUAUGCAUGUUACAUGUGUACUUCCUGUUCUUAAGUGAGUAAAUGUGAUCUGCCCCUGUGCUGUCUAUCAAGCAAACCUUCAGAUUCCAUACCAGCAUACAUACUGAGCUUCAGAAUAAUUUUGCUAUUCAUUGAGUGGCCCCCAAAAUAUAUUUGGACACUUAAGCCACACUUCAAAGUGAAUGUCACUGCAUUAGAUAACAAAAUAAGUGGCAUUUAUUUUAAUGAUAGCAUCAACUUCAGUAACAUUUGAAGCAAAUGACUUACAGGCAUACAACCAACUCUAAAGUGUGCAUGUAAGUGUCAACAAUAAUGCACACCUUUUAGAUUUUUGAUAUAAUAAUAAUAAUAAAAAAAGGUCAAUUUUAUGUAAGCAUUUCUAUUUCAUCAGUAUUGUAAUAGGACUUGGUGUCAGGAUCUGGAUUUUAUUUCAUGGAAAAGUGGAUCAAGUUGGGUUCUGAACACACGACUACAUUGGUACAGUUAGUAAAAACAUGCAUCAAACAUCCACACCAACCCAGCCUUGUUUUUGUUGUUUUGUUUUUUAGAUAUGCAGCCAAUAACCUACAAACAAGGUAGUCUUAAAUAAUGCCUAAACUAAAGACUCUGCUAACUAAAUUCAGCUGACUCGCUACAUGUGUUAACGGACUAUGAUAAUGGCCUACUCGGACAACACAUUGUUUCCUAGAGCUGGCAGAAAAUACUCAAAACAGACACAAGCAGCGUAUCUAUCAACAAAUAAUAGAAUAUUGAGUAGCAGCCGUCGGAGUUGCAUUGGAGUGAUGAAACCUCCCCCUCUUUGAAUGAUUGGCUAGAGGAGGAGCUGUCGAACAAGAACUAGUGGACCAACAGGGAUGCAAAAC